UCCAAUGGAGGUGCUUUUUCAACUUUCAUAGUCUCUCAAACGGAGAAGGUUACAGCUGGAAAUCUCCUCUCAACCAAGGAUCCCAUAAGCACUAAUGGCAGCCAAUGGUUUAUGAACAUGAGCUCAGUGUCGGCGAUUGCAGAGUGAGUUAUUGCAAAAGUGAGCGAGCCCUCUGUAACAACCCCACCUCCCAAAAUCUUUCUCAUUCAAUGCUUCAUUCCUCAAAUAAAAAUAACCAUAUAUCUAUACCAAGAAAGAGGAGAGGCAAUUACAACCUUAGUCUUUUCAAACCCCCCCCCCCCCCUCACACACACACACACACACACAAAGCCAGGCCUAGAUCUAAUUGUUGAUGGAAAUCCCUCGAGCCUCAAAAAUCAAAUUUAAUGUGGUCUUCCAGCCAUCAAAUCUUAUCAAACGAGAAGCCAUCUUCAAUUCUAAUGGCCAGGAACAAACAACUCCCAACCCUUUUUAUAUUUCGUUCAACCCAUUAGAGUGGUUUAAGCAAAAACUCGCUCCAUCCUUCUCUGUUUUUGUCUUUACCCUGAAACAAUGUCUCACUCUACCUCUAUGGAAAGUGCAGCCAUGAAUAAUCUUGUAAACCAAAAUCUGGUAUGGGAGGGGGAGUACAAAGCGGUUUUCACAAAGGAUGCACAAACUGCAGAGGGAGGGUUUCGCCUGAGGCUGGUUGGUAGGUUGUUUGGUGAGAGCCAUGAUUGGAAUGAUUAAUGGUGCAUGGUCACACUUCUGUGAACCUAAGGUUCAAAACAUUGAAAGAACUAGGAAUACAUUCAUCUUCAUCUUCAACCACAAGGAAAAAAUGUACAGGGCAUGGGAAGGCAGGCCAUGGCAAGUCCCCGAUAAUACUCUCCAACUGAAACAAUGGGAUGAAGCUAUACGCCCUCAAAAUGUCAACUUCGAUUUUGAUGACUUCUGGAUCUAGGUUCACGGCAUCCCAGACUACAAGAGGACGGUGUCCAACAUCAAAUCAGUGGUGACAAUGUUUUCUAAGGUUUGCAACAUCGAUAUGAGGGGGUUUAAUCCAGAUAAGUAUAUGGAGUUUGUUCGGGUUUUCAUAUAGACUUAUCUCACAAGACCUCUUCCCAUGGAUCAUACUACACAACUGGUGGGGUUACAGAGUGGUUGGGAUUUAGGUAUGAGAAGCUGUAUAUUCUCUGUUACUAUUGUGGGAUGCAAGGUCAUGGGAAGCAGGAGUGCCAGAAAAGGAGGAAUGAUCUUGAGCAAGGAAGUGCAGCUCCACCAGAGGGAAGGUUCACUCCGUGGAUGAAGGUUUGAAUCACAAUAGACCGACCUCCCCCUCCCUCACUGAGAUUUACCCAAAACCAGUUGUGGAUCUCGGGAAGAAACUCGCUGACAACAGGAUCUACAAAUUCCAACUCACCGUCAAUGCCGUCUGGAGGUGGACGGGAUUACGGGAUUCGAGGCCCACCUGGUUUCACUCCCCAUCCUUUCCCAACGAACUUCUCAACAUCAAGCCCGAGGUCUGUCUCGGGGUAUGCUACCCAAUGGCUUUACUCUUCUGGUCAUAAUCAAAAUUUGGUGGUCUAUGGAGCUAUUCCUCCUCAUUCCCCUACUGUAGCCCCACAAGUGAUGAGAAACAGCUAAGAAGAGAUGGAGUCAACUGCUUAUUGUGCCAACAGAUUCCCCCACUAGAUGAGCCUUAGAAAUCGACCAAACUUGGCCCAAGAGGAGCUUUUUUACACAUCAGAAGGUCGCACUCAGCCCAAUCCCUAUAAUAUCUCUUAGAUAUAUGUGGAUCUAUCCCAGAAAAUGGAUCUCAACAGGAGGCCCAUUGAAGAUGAUCUUGAGUAUCAGAAAGAAGAGAAAGAUGGUAGGUCUGAUAUGAAGAAGAGGAAGCAUGGGCAGGCGCUUGACUUUGAAGGCCCAUAUUUCUCCUUGGGUGAAGAAUCCAUGCAGAAACGUAAUGCUAGAAUUAAAACAAAGAAUCGAAGGCAGAAGGCUGCCACUGAAGAACUGAAGGGAAAUGCUCGAGAAACAUAGCAGUAUGACACAACUGUCAAUCUCCAACUCUGAAGCGCUGGUGGCCAGCUUUAGGCCACCGGGGGAGAAAUGAGUUGCUUAAGAUGGAACUGUCAGGGUAUUGCGCAAACCUGGACAGAAAAUCAUCUGAAAAGGAUGGAAAUGAAAUUUUGCCCUUCCUUAGUUUUUCUGAUGGAAACAAAGAAUACUAGGGAGACUUUGGAGGAGAAGAGGAUCAUCAACAAUUUCUGCAAAGGCGAGUACGUCGACCUGGAGGGGACAAUCGGUGGAAUUGCACUUUGGUGGACAGCGGGUUUUCCUAUCCAAAUUUUGGAUCUCAGACGACUUUUUAUUUAUGUUUAUGUUAGUUAUAAUAGUGGUUUUUUUAUUACUUUUGUUCAUGCCCAAUGUAUUCUUAGUGAAAGGAGGGUCUUUUGGGACAUGUUGUCCAAUAUUAGGAGUGACCCGAAUGUGUCAUGGGUUGUAAUCAGUGAUCUUAAUGCUAUGACGUUUGACUACGAGAAGUGUGGUGGAGGACCUUUACGGCGAGAAUCGGUCGUCCCUUUUAAGUCCUUUAUCUUUAACAAUGGGCUCAUCGACAUCGGGUUUAAAGGACCAUAGUACAUAUGGACAAAUCGAAGAAGAGGAGAUCAUCUUAUUAAAGGGAGAUUAGACCGGGCUUUGUGCUCUCCGUCUUGGCGAGAGUUUUUUUUAAUGAAGGGACUCUUUUCCAUGAGGGAGCUAUAGGAUCUGACCAUCGGGUGCUAAGGCUGGAGUUCCACUCAUCAAAGCAGUGGACUUGGCCACCCUUUCGGUUUGAUGACAGGUGGAUGGGAAAAGAAGAUUGUGACCUAUUUGUGAUGAAUGCAUGGAACAGAGGGGGUUCUCAUGACCAAAAGCUUAAGCGAUGUGAGGAGAAUUUGAAGGCAUGGGCAAAGUGAAUGAUUGAAGCACAAAAUCAGAGGGAGAAGGAUAUCAAGCAACGACUUGAAGCCCUGGCUAAUGAGUUUCGAUCGGAUGAUGAUGUAGAGGAAGAAAUCAAGCUUCUGGAAGAACUGGGCGAUCUGCGCAGAGAUAAGGAGAGAAUGUGGAGACAACCUUCCAGAAUCCAUUGGCUGGCUGAGGGUGACCAGAACACAAUUUUUUCCCACAACUCGACUAUUUUCCGACGUCACUACAAUUGAAUUCUGGGUCUGAAAGGACAUGAUGGGAACUAGAUUAAAUAGCCAGCAUUGCUUGCAGCUCAUAUCAAAGAAAUUCUUUCUGCACAUGGUGAGCACGUGGCCGACUUAGUUUGGCAAACAAGGUAAGUCUUUCAAAAUAACUUUUUGUUAAAAUUCAUUAGUUAAUUAGAUUAAAUGUUAAGAUUUUACUGGGUGAACUGAAAUUAUAAUUAAGUAUUAUAGUGAUUAAUAUAAGUUUUGUGCAUUAUAACGUGGUGCUCGACUUUACCAGCUUUGAGGUAAAACCCAUUUGGUCAAUUGGAAUCCACUUUAUGAGUUAUACUUGAAUAAUGCAAGUUUGCUAAGUGUUAGACCAUUGGUCACUAUGACCACCAAUGCAUGCCUGAUCUCUAUGCUCAUGUUCAACAUUGAUGGCCUGAGACAUCGAAUUUUCACUUGUCGUUCAGUGAAUCUACGAUCGCUAUAAGGAAUUGUUUGGAUGAGAAAUUCUAUUGUAUAAAUCUGACACAAUUGUCUCGUUUUUAGACAAUUGGAACAUAUUAAUUCAUUUGGCACCAUAAAAUUUUGGAUGAAGUAAUUUGACUAGAAAAUUUUAAAUCGACUCAUUUUAAAUCAAUUACAAUUAUCUGG